GCAAUCUCACUCUUCUUUCUCUACUGUAUGCAUCUUACAAUCCUUUUUAUCCUCUAUAUAUACCCCCCCACACAUGCGACACCUUUCUUCCAUAACUCUCUUGAUUUCUCAAACUCUCUCUUUCUGUCUGUCUCUUAACAUGGCGGAGCUGGAUUACAGGCAAGGUAAUAAACCCAACGCCACAGCAGCCACUACAGGCUUGAAGAUUUUUGGCUUUAAUGUCUCUGAGGAUGAGGAUGUGUUAGAUUCAGGCAAGGCGGCCUCUUCUGGGUCUCCUGAAGAGGCUGCAGGGUUCGGCGCCGCCCCUGGUGACAGAAAAUAUGAGUGCCAGUACUGCUGUCGUGAGUUUGCAAAUUCUCAAGCGUUAGGGGGCCAUCAGAACGCUCAUAAAAAGGAAAGGCAACAGCUAAAGCGCGCUCAGUUACAAGCCUCGCGGAACGCCGUUUCAUUCGCGAGGAACCCAAUGAUUUCUGCUUUCGCUUCGCCGGCGCACCUCCUGCCCCCAGGUCCUCCAGUCCUGAUGCCGGCCGGAGCGGGGCCUUCGUGGGUGUACUUACCUCGCGGAGGACCACCGCCGUUCCACGUGUCCCACGGGUGUGUGAUACCGAGUGUUGGUGGUGGGGGGAGGGGUGCAGCGGGGUUGCCGUAUGGUGGGGGCGUAGGGGAUUCAGGCUUCGGAGUUGGGCUGCCGGUGAUGCAGGGUAGGGCCCACCACGGGCGAGGUGUUGAUGGGCCAUCAUUGAGUAGGUUCUCCAAGGGGGACGGUGGACCCAGUUUUGACGAAGCAUUGGGCUUAGAUUUGCAUCUUAGUCUUGCACCUGCAGGGCCCUGAGUUUGGGUUUUGGUUGCCUAAUUUGACUCAACUCAAAUAAGGGAAUUGAUGUAUCUUUGUACAUUUUCUAAUUUAUUUAUUUAUUUUUUUCAAGGAGGUGAUUGAUUUCACUUUGCAGAAACCUGCCUCUUAAUUACUACAUC